AACAGCAAUUAUAAAAACAUGCAUCGCAGGCACACAACCCUUCGGGAGAAGGGCCGGAGGCAGGCCAUCCGGGGCCCAGCCUACAUGUUCAAUGAGAAAGGCACCAGCCUGACUGCAGAAGAGGAACGCUUUCUCGAUUCUGCAGAAUAUGGCAACAUUCCUGUUGUGCGAAAAAUGCUGGAGGAAUCCAAAACCUUGAACUUCAAUUGCGUUGAUUAUAUGGGACAAAACGCCCUUCAGUUAGCUGUAGGCAAUGAGCAUCUGGAAGUGACAGAGCUCCUUCUCAAAAAGGAGAAUCUUGCUCGGGUUGGAGAUGCUCUUUUGCUAGCCAUCAGUAAAGGAUACGUGCGCAUUGUAGAAGCAAUAUUGAACCAUCCAGCUUUUGCCCAAGGACAGCGCCUCACACUCAGCCCUCUUGAGCAGGAACUGAGAGAUGAUGAUUUUUAUGCUUACGAUGAAGAUGGAACUCGGUUCUCUCAUGACAUUACCCCUAUCAUACUUGCUGCCCACUGCCAGGAGUAUGAAAUAGUUCAUAUCUUACUUCUCAAAGGCGCAAGGAUUGAAAGGCCACAUGACUAUUUUUGCAAGUGCAAUGAAUGUAUUGAGAAACAGAGGAAAGACUCCUUUAGUCACUCUCGAUCAAGAAUGAAUGCCUACAAAGGAUUAGCCAGUGCUGCUUAUUUGUCUCUUUCCAGUGAAGAUCCUGUCCUUACUGCUUUAGAGCUAAGCAAUGAACUGGCCAGACUAGCCAACAUUGAAACUGAAUUUAAGAAUGACUAUAGGAAGCUAUCUAUGCAAUGCAAGGACUUUGUUGUGGGAGUGCUGGACCUGUGCAGAGACACUGAAGAAGUAGAGGCUAUUCUGAAUGGAGAUGUGAACAUACAUUUGUACCCCGAGCACCACCGACCAAGUCUGAGCAGGAUUAAACUUGCUAUUAAAUAUGAGGUCAAAAAGUUUGUUGCUCAUCCCAACUGCCAGCAGCAAUUGCUCACCAUGUGGUAUGAAAACCUCUCAGGCUUACGGCAGCAGUCUAUAGCUGUGAAGUUCUUGGCCGUCUUUGGGGUCUCCAUUGGCUUGCCCUUCCUUGCCAUAGCCUACUGGAUCGCUCCCUGCAGCAAGCUGGGUCGGACCCUCCGAAGUCCUUUCAUGAAGUUUGUGGCACAUGCAGUUUCUUUCACAAUCUUCCUUGGACUGUUAGUAGUGAAUGCAUCAGAUCGGUUUGAAGGAGUGAAAAAUCUCCCCAAUGAGACCAUCACGGAUCAUCCAAAACAAAUAUUUAGAGUCAAAACAACUCAGUUUUCAUGGACAGAAUUGCUGAUCAUGAAGUGGGUAUUGGGUAUGAUAUGGUCAGAGUGCAAGGAGAUCUGGGAAGAGGGUCCACGUGAAUACGUGGUGCAUCUCUGGAACCUGCUGGACUUUGGGAUGCUCUCCAUCUUUGUGGCAUCAUUCACUGCCAGGUUCAUGGCUUUUCUCAAAGCAACUGAAGCACAACAGUACGUAGAUCAGUACGUUCAAGAUGAUGACCUCAAUAAUGUCACCCUUCCCCCUGAAGUUGCUUAUUUUACUUAUGCCAGGAACAAGUGGCUUCCCUCGGAUCCUCAGAUCAUUUCAGAAGGACUGUAUGCAAUAGCUGUGGUACUCAGCUUCUCCCGCAUUGCUUACAUUCUUCCAGCCAACGAAAGCUUCGGCCCCCUGCAGAUCUCUUUGGGAAGGACUGUGAAGGAUAUCUUCAAGUUCAUGGUCAUCUUCAUCAUGGUGUUCCUGGCUUUUAUGAUUGGAAUGUUCAAUCUCUACUCCUACUACCUUGGUGCAAAAUACAACCCGGCAUUUACAACGGUAGAAGAAAGUUUUAAAACCUUAUUCUGGUCAAUAUUUGGCUUAUCUGAAGUGAUAUCUGUGGUGCUGAAGUAUGAUCACAAAUUCAUUGAGAAUAUUGGAUAUGUACUCUAUGGAGUAUAUAACGUGACUAUGGUGGUGGUGCUGCUUAACAUGCUAAUAGCCAUGAUCAACAACUCCUAUCAGGAAAUUGAGGAGGAUGCAGAUGUGGAGUGGAAGUUUGCACGUGCCAAGCUCUGGCUAUCCUACUUUGAUGAAGGAAGGACUUUACCUGCUCCUUUUAAUCUAGUGCCAAGCCCUAAAUCAUUUUAUUAUCUCAUACUGAGAAUAAAAAUGUGCCUCAUAAAACUCUGCAAAUCUAAGGCCAAAAACUGUGAAAAUGACCUGGAGAUGGGAAUGCUGAAUUCCAAACAACGGAAAGUUCGUUUUCACUCCAGCUCUCAAAAUACAGACUAUUUUUCUGGAAAGAAUGCUUAUAACAAGCCCACAAGAUAUCAGAAAAUAAUGAAGCGUCUGAUUAAGCGGUAUGUCCUGAAGGCUCAGGUUGACCGAGAGAAUGACGAAGUUAACGAAGGAGAACUUAAAGAGAUUAAGCAAGAUAUUUCUAGUCUCCGCUAUGAGCUCUUGGAGGAAAAGUCACAAGCUACAGAUGAGCUGGCACGACUAAUACAGCAGCUGAGCGACAAAUUUGGGAAGACCUUAAAUAAGGACAUCUGA